AAUGUGCAUGCGCAGUGACACGAAAGGAAAUCAAGCGAUUUGCGAAGUCCUCCCAAAGAGAGGGGUCUGUGGUUCAGACUCAGUGAUCUUUCGAAGCUUUAAUUACUAAAUCACCGCAGUAAAUUUGGUAACAGUAUAUUGUUUUUACUUUUUGGUGUUUAGAUGUAUUACAGAGUUGCUUUAAGUAUCGUACAAGUUAAAUCAAAGAUGUAAGAUGGCGGGUUAGUUUUGCAUAAUUUUAUGCAGUGACAGUUUUUGUAGAAUGAAUGGUAUCUAAAAAUGUGUAUUAGAAGGAACAACAAUUAAAAUAUUGACACAGUUACAGUAAAACUUUUUGCACUUCAACACUAAAUUAAAGGACUUUCAUUUAGAUCUGAUAUGUAAAGACCAUUUUCAUCAGUGUCCAGUACAGUGAUAAUUAUUAUAAUAUGAGGCAUAAAUCUAUAAUUUAGACAAAGGUUAAUGUCACAUUUUUUUGCUCUAUUAAACUCUCCUUAACUCCAUUUUUGUCCAUUUUUUUAAAAUGAUUUUUUUAAAAUACAAUUCCUAAAGCAGUUUUGGGUUUGAAGCAGUUCUGAUGUAUAUCAAUGUGAUAAAAUUUAUUGACAUUAUGUUGUAAAAACCUUGUUGUGAAUUAUGUAUUUAAUGAAUUAAUUAAUUGUCAACAAACCCAAAUCAGGGAAAAUAAUCUGUUAACUUUCUGUUGCAAACAUUUAAUAUGCAACAACUGUGAAAUGUAUAACAGUAUCGUUAGGAUUGCUGAAGGAUGGAACAGCAUGUCAUCUUUAUUUUUCAUGAUGUUCAUGUCAAAGCUUUAUAUUCCAAAUUGAAGAUCUUUGCAUUUCUUAAAUCAAAAUCUGUUAAAUGGUAUGGAUUAUGCACUAGUUUCCAACAAAGUCUAAUUCAAUCAGUUACACUUAACAGUUUUUGCAGUAUUGGGGAUCAUGUGAAAGCAUACAUUGACAUUAACAAGAUCUGAUGUUGAACAAGUUUCUUUUUUUACACUCUUUGUCAGGUGCCAAAGCAUGAAUUUAAAGAAUGUUAUAUAAGUUAUAUGAUAAUUGUUUUAUAUUCCAAUUUUUAUAAUUUAUGGAAAACGUGGAAUUGAAUUUGUAAUUAUGGUGUUCUUAUGACAUCAAUUUUUUCACAAAUAUUUAUCUUGCAAAGGCUUUUUAUAUAGUUUCUGCAGGCUUUCAAGCAGGCCCUUAUAUUUCUACAACAGCCCUUAUUUGAGCUUUAGAAUCCUAAAAAAGCCCUAAUUUUUUGUUGAAAUUCCUACUUUUUCAAAUUUUGAAAGUUUAAAUAAAUUUGACAAAGUUAAGUGUUGGAAUUUAUUAAAUUUAGUCUUAGUAUACUUUCAGAAAAUGAAUUUUUUGAUUAAAUAUACAUCUCAGAAGACAUCUUGAUGGUUAUCAGCUAUAUUCAGCAUUGAUUGUGAGCCAUGGGAGUCCACCUGAAUUAUAUCAUGGUUUGUGCUGAAUGCCGAAUAUGGCUGUUAAUGACCACUGGUAUGAUCUUCUGAGUGGGUAAUUAGUUUUUGCAUUAUUGCUCUUGCAAGUGGUGAGUAAAACAUUUUUUCUUUCCUAUUGAUUUGUAAAUUUAACCCUAUUUUUGUCUAAAAAGACAUUAAAAAUCCUAAAAACCGACCUUAUUUUUUGAUAAUUUUGUCCUAAAAAUGGCCCUUUUUGCAAAAUGUCACUUGAAAGCCUGUUUCUGGUGUUUCAAAUUCUGAUAGACGUUGAUAUUUGACUUCACUUGAAAUUAUUAUUGAAUUAAGAACAAUUUAAAGCUGUUAAACAUGAGUUUUAUGUUAGACUCUAGGUUGGUAAUUUAUCCAACUGCCUAAUAGUCUAUUUUUCAGGCAGUUUGGGAAGAAAUUUCAUGAUCGCCUGGCAGGUUUUCGUAGAAAAUGAACUAAGAAUUUAAAAGAGACCCCUUUCACAUCUCCUGAUAAAUUUCGGAAUUAGACAUAGCAAAAAUGGUUUUAUCCCAAAGACAAAAGGAUGAAUUAAACCGAGCUAUUGCGGAUUACCUUAGCUCCAGUGGAUACCUUACAGCACUAAGUGAAUUUCAAAAAGAGGCUAGUUUGCCAGGAGAUAUAGAUAAGAAAUAUGGUGGCUUGCUGGAAAAGAAAUGGACUUCAGUUAUCCGACUACAAAAGAAGGUCAUGGACCUUGAAGCAAAACUUUCAGAGGCUGAGAAGGAAUACAAUGCUGGGGGGCCAUCCCGUGAUCGACGGAGUCCAGCGGAGUGGAUACCCAGGCCUCCAGAACGCUACAACCUAAGUGGUCACCGUAGUCCUGUGACAAGAGUUGUGUUUCACCCGACUUACAGUGUCAUGGUGUCCUCCAGUGAAGAUGCAACCAUCAAGCUUUGGGAUUACGAGACAGGUGACUACGAGAGAACUCUGAAAGGCCACACAGACACUGUACAGGAUAUUGCCUUUGAUCAUACAGGCAAAUAUUUAGCAUCAUGCUCUGCCGAUAUGAAAAUUAAGCUGUGGGACUUCACUUCCUAUGAAUGUGUCAAAACUCUCUAUGGCCAUGAUCACAAUGUGUCCAGUAUUUCGUUUGUGCCAAGUGGAGAUCAUCUCAUAUCCUCUUCCAGAGACAAAACUAUUAAAAUGUGGGAAGUUAGCACUGGGUUUUGUGUGAAAACCUUUACUGGACACAGAGAGUGGGUUAGAAUGGUCAGAGUUUACCAUGAUGGGUCACUUUUGGCCAGCUGUUCAAAUGACCAGACUGUUCGAAUUUGGGUAACUGCUACCAAAGAGUGCAAAAUGGAACUACGAGAACAUGAACAUGUUGUGGAAUGCAUUGCCUGGGCCCCAGAAUCUGCACAACCAACAAUUAAUGAUGCAAUUAGUGUUGAUAACAAGAAAGAGAAGAGAUCUGGCCCAUUCCUGAUAUCUGGAUCACGAGACAAAACAAUCAAGAUGUGGGACGUCAGUGUGGGACUGUGUUUGUUCACUUUGACGGGACAUGACAACUGGGUAAGAGGACUUGUGUUCCACCCAGGUGGCAAGUACAUCCUGAGUGCAUCAGACGACAAGACACUCAGAGUGUGGGACAUCAAAAACAAGAGAAACCACAAAACCCUGGAAGCACACUCCCAUUUUACUACUUCUCUAGAUAUGCACAAGAGUGCUCCAUUUGUGAUAACUGGCUCUGUCGACCAGACAGUCAAAGUAUGGGAAUGCCGUUAGGAACCGAAUUUGCGUUAUCAGACAUAGAUAAUUUAUUACUUCAUCAUUGCGCUCUCAAAACCUAUAAACCACCUCGGCCAUAUGUUGGCAGGAUCAUAGUUGUCUCAACUGUAGCAUACUCGGCUUGCUUUUAUGUAAAUCUACACCCCCCACUUUCCCCCUGCAGUGCUGUUAUAUUAGCAGUAUGAAACUUCAGUUUAUUUUUAAACAGCAUUUUGUGCAAUUUUACUGAAAUCAGAGGGGGUGUGACAUCAGUGUAUGAGCUUUAUAUAAUUCCAUGAUAUAUAUGGGAAAUAUUUAUUUACAACCAGAGUAUGUGUGUAUAUCAAAGGUGCCAGUAACCAAGUCCAGGGUUAAAGAGUGUUCAGUCGGUAAUAUACUCAGGAUAUUGAGUCCCGUGUUCAAACCCACAUUAAGUGAUCUCGGAAAGUCGGAUGUCUGUUUUUUGUAGAGCAGUUGUUUCUGCGUUCUAGGUGAAGGGAGAAAUGUGAGUUGAAACACAACUCUCGUAUAGUCUUCUGUGUAUCUUGAUGUUAAAGUCAAACUGUAGCGAUAAUUUCCAUUCCAAUUUGCCAUGUGGAUCAGCUUUUGAAACAUCACAAUGCGUACAUAUUUUGUCACUCGUAAGCUUUACGUUUUGUUAAUGAAAAUUCUGUAUUGGUUUAAAACUUGCAUGUUGCAAAGUCCAUCGCUUUCACUUAAAUGAGUCUAAUAUAUAACAGAAUUUACAUCAGUUCUUGUGCAAACUUUUGGCUGAACCAACCAUUGUCUUAAGCAUUUGUGAUUUGUUUAAAAUGGAUGUGAAUCAUAAAUACGUGUGUAUAGAAAUUAUAUAUUUAAAAAAAAAAAUGAUUUAUUUAUUAUUAUGGUUAUGUAAGUAAAUAGGCUAUGUCGAGAGGGAAUUUGACAAACCUGUACCAUCCAAUAGAUACUGUAUAUACCAGUUCAAAGUUAUACAAUCAUAUUUAUCAAAUUGCUUGUAUUAUUACAUUUGCUUAUUUUCCAUUCAUAUAUUGAAGUCUGGCAGUUGUUACUGCAUUGUACAACAAGUAGAUUUUUUUUUUUUUAAUAAUUUUAAUUACUUCAUGUAAACACUAUUAAUGAAAGUUCACUUGAAUGGCCGAAAGAAAUUGUUGGCAAAGUUUCUACUGUCUUUCAGACUAAAGUGCUCUAUAUAUAAGUAUCCUUAUAUUUUUCAUUUAUUUUUAUUUUCUUAUUUAUUUUUUUUUUUAUUUUUUUGGCACAAAAGUACUGUUACUGAAGUGCAGUUGACAUGGAAAUGAUUUUACACUUUUAAACAAAAGUGUAUAUUCAAAAAUAACAUUGAAAUGGAAUGGGAUUGUCCACAAGGUCAAUUUAAACUGAAAGGAUGUGUAAUAGGAUGAAGAAAACGAGUUUUCCAAUUACAGUAUUAUCAACUGAUGUACUUCAUUUUAGCAAAUGUUUUGUGUGAAAUUGAAAGACAGUAUGUUCUUUAUCAACAGUGCCGUGUACAACAUAGCAGCAUUUGUGGAUUAAAUGUGAUGUUCCGUCAAAUGUGGAAGGUGUGUUCUUGGUAGGUGCAGUUAAGUUGUCAACUGCACACAACCAAGACCACCCCUUCCACACCUCUAAGAACUCAGGGAGACUCUCAUGCCUCAAGCCCUCCUUUAGCAUGUUGCCAAAGGACCAACUUUGUGAUUCAUGUAGCAUCACAAGAAGUGAUACUUUGUGGUUGAAUUCAGUAGUAGUAUGUAUGCAAUUAAGACCAAACUUGAUAACCUGCAAGGAUUUAUACUUGCCCAACCCGAUGAUAUUACAGGUGCUUACUGCCAAUUUCCUCCAGUUGAAUUAUGACAUAUUUGAUAUGCUUUAUGUUUGUUUUAUUAUGUUGGGGUUUUUUUUUUUUUCUUUUUGCUGACAGCUUGUUGACUGUGAUAAAAUUUAUUAUAUUUUUUCUACAAAUCUGGUAUUAAAAUGUCAAUUUUGUUGAAUUUUUAUAUUGUUUCUUGUUAACAUUUGAUAGAUAUUGCUGAAGUUGUGUUCCAAUGAAUCCUCAUGAAAAAAGGGGUGUGGCAUCUAUGCAAAGGAUGGGUGCUGGUGUGUGUUGAAUUUCACCUGUGUGAGAUCUCCAGAGUAAUCAAACAGCUACAAAUAUGCAAUAUGUAGCAAGUCAUGCAGGACUUCAACUGUUAUAUGUUGUCGUUUUGUUAGGCUUGUAUACUUUAUAAAGUGAAGUGCUUGGGUGAAUUUCAGUUGUGUUCAAAGGGAUAUUCAUGAAUUUACAACUGAGAUGCAUUCAUAUAGAUGCUAACUGACUGUUUCUAAGAAAGGUGAACGGAUCUGAUUUUAUGUUUUGCUUGUGGUGUCACUUAAAUUUUUUUUUUCCUAUGUGUUCUGUGUACUUCUUAAAGGGUUUUUUAAAAAAGAAAAUGGUGUGAAUUAUUAAGACAUUAAUUUAAAACCAAACAAAAAUUUAUGGUAUUCAAUUUCAUUAGCUACAGCUUUAUUCAGAAAAGAAAAAUUAGAACCAAAUUAAUCAUUCAAUAUUCAUAUCAUUGUGAUAUAUUGUGUCUAUAUUUAUAGUAUUGAUGUCUGUGGCAAAAGCAUUGUUUUAUUGCUUUGAGACAUUUUAAUUUCGGUCCAUAAAAUCCUUUCUUUUCCAACAUUUUGCUUGCCUACAUUUUCCAAAGCCACCUUGCUUGUGAACCAUGUAGGAGGAAUUGAGAGGAUUUUUUGUGAUGAUUUUGUCUUGAUCAAAUUACGCCAACAUUAAAGAAACAUUUUGCACAUUGUCGUGACCCAUAUUUGUUGAAUACCAACUGUUGGUAAUCAAAUCAAUGCUUUUUGCUGUUUGUUAAGCUUUGUGUGAUGUCAUUUGAAUUUACCAGCCUUAGACACAAAUCCAAAAGUCAAGAAAUAAGUUGCCAAUGGACAAGGUCUCUGUCCUGUGUAGUGAGUAGGGAUGUGCUGAUUUGUGGCUAUUUGAAAGGAGAAGUCACAUGACCUUUGUCAGUUGAGGAUUUUUAAUCUUUGAUCUGAUUGUUAUUGUGUAUUAUGUCAAUAAAUUGUAAUGCUAAA